AUGAUUGCAGUGGGCUCAUUGUACAAUGUUAUCAAGGAAAGCAAUGUUUCAGUUGUGUCUACUAACUUGCAGUUUUGUGGGCUCACUAAUAGUAUGGGUUCAAGUGAGAUGGGCUCAUCAGAUAGGGUUGUUGUGGACACAGGGCAAUCCUUGGUUCCAAGGGGUGAAAAUAGAAUUUGGAGUUUCGUAGGGACUAAUUUGCAAUUUGAGAACUGGACAGACAGUUUUGGCAUUGUGGCUAAUCACAGCCAACAACAAACUGAUGCCUCCACAGAAACUACUAAUGGCAAUAAAACUCAGUUCAUUGGAGUUCAUUGUGAUAAAUUGAUCGUCAACGACUCGACUACCCAGUCCAAGGCGGAAACCGGACAACAAAAGGUACUUUGCAAGCUGGCUCAAAAUCGAGAAGCUGCAAGGAAGAGUCGAAUGAGGAAAAGGGCAUAUGUCGAACAAUUAGAAAACAGUCGGCAAAGGCUCGAACUGCUGGAGCAGGACAUCAAACGAGCGCGUCAGCAGGGUUUAUUCAUUGCACCUGGAUUUUUUUCAGUAGAUCAGACACACUCUACGGGCGAAUGUGGGCCCGCGUCAUUCGACGUAGAUUAUGCUCGUUGGCUUCACGAGCAUCAACGUCUCAUGAACGAUUUGAGAUCGGCCGUAAAUUCUCAUGUGGGUGACAUCGAACUCAAACUUAUAGUUGACAAGGUUAUGUCGCAUUAUGAAGAGGUGUUUCGGCUCAAGAGCUCAGGCGCGAAAUUGGAUGUGUUUCAUAUUCUUUCGGGAAUGUGGAAAACUCCUGUCGAGCGGUGUUUCAUGUGGCUGGGAGGAUUUCGUUCCUCGGACGUUCUCAAGGUCCUCGGGAGCGAAAUCGAGCCACUAACGGAACAACAGUUGGUCGGAUUUUGCAACCUACAACAAUCGUCCGAACAAACCGAGGAUGCUCUUUCCCAAGGGAUGGAAGCCUUGCAACAAUCACUUGUAGACACACUCUCCUCAAACUUGCUGGGCCCACGAAACUCGGGCAACAUAACCGAUUACAUGGGACAAAUGGCUAUUGCAAUGAGCAAGCUUACGACACUCGAGAAUUUCCUCCAUCAGGCCGACCUUCUGAGAUUACAAACAUUGCAACAAAUGCAUCGGAUUUUGACGACACAUCAAGCUGCCCGUGCGCUUCUUGCUAUUAACGAUUAUAAGUCGAGGCUUCGGGCUUUGAGUUCGUUAUGGCUUGCACGUCCCAAGGGGUGA